ACCGUGUACGGCCACCAGGGGGCGUCUCUUGCCUGAAGGAUCUGAACAGAUGCUAGUGAAGAAGAGUGAACGCAUACACGUGUUUACUAAAACCGCUGAGAAAUAGUUAACACAUUUGUUUUUCCUUAAGCAGCGCUAUUCAUAUUUGUUUAAAAAAUGCCGAAAGUUAAAGCUGAGAAGAAGAGCAGGAAGCACCAAGAGGUUAAAAACCAAGGCAUAAUGUUCAACACGGGAAUUGGCCAGCACAUUUUGAAGAAUCCUCUUGUUGUCAAUAGCAUCAUUGAGAAGGCUGCACUGAGGCCAACAGAUGUUGUUUUGGAGGUGGGACCUGGAACUGGUAACAUGACAGUUAAACUUUUAGAAAAAUCUAAAAAGGUGGUGGCUUGCGAGUUGGAUGGCCGAUUGGUGGCUGAACUCCAGAAACGAGUACAAUGCACACCCAUGCACACCAAACUUCAGAUAGUAGUUGGGGAUGUUUUAAAAACAGACCUACCGUUCUUUGAUGUGUGUGUGGCCAAUUUACCAUAUCAGAUUUCAUCACCAUUUGUUUUCAAAUUGCUGCUUCACCGACCUUUCUUCAGGUGUGCCGUGUUAAUGUUCCAGAGAGAGUUUGCAAUGCGUCUGGUGGCCCAGCCUGGUGACAAACUCUACUGCCGGCUGUCCAUUAACACUCAGCUGCUGGCUCGUGUUGAUCAUCUCAUGAAAGUAGGGAAGAAUAAUUUCCGUCCUCCGCCAAAAGUGGAGUCCAGUGUUGUUAGAAUAGAGCCCAAAAAUCCUCCUCCUCCAAUUAACUUCCAGGAGUGGGAUGGUCUGGUCAGAAUAGCAUUCAUAAGAAAGAAUAAAACCCUCAGCGCUGCAUUCAAGUCAGCGGCUGUGGAGCAGCUUCUGGAGAAAAACUACAGAAUUCACUGCUCAGUACAUAAUGUGCAAAUAUCAACAGAUUUUAGCAUCACCAAGAAAAUAGAAAGCAUCUUACAAGAGGCAAAAUUCACUGAAAAGAGAGCUCGGACAAUGGACAUCGAUGACUUCAUGGUGUUGCUUCAUGCAUUCAACUCCGCGGGGAUCCACUUUUCUUAAAGGCCAACCGAGUCGAGAAGCCUAUAACCACUGUUUUCUACAGUUGCAGUCUAAGAUUUUUAAAAAUUUUGUUUCACAAAAAAAUAGAUGACAAACUCAUAUUGAGAUUCUUCUAUUUUGUACCACUGAGCAUACUGUGUUUGGGCUUGUAUGGAUGAAGUUAGCAGUAAUUGCUUAACCUCAACAAAGUCUUGAGAACACAUCUAUCAUGUAAUAAAAUCAUUGCUCCUUAACAUGCCACUAACUUACGCUUUCACUUGGGUUUUAGCCAGUGUUGUUAAUCUUACUUUAAAAAAGUAAUUCAUUACAGUUACAAAUUACUUCUCCCAAAAAGUAGUUGCGUUAGUAACUCAGUUACCUGAAUGUAAGAGUAAUUAGUUACUUGGCAAAGUAACUGGUGAUAAUUUUCUUUCUUUUUUUUUUCUCAAAAAAAAAACAACAAAGAACUGACAAUUGGCCUUAGCCCAAUUUUUUACCCUAAACUCAACUACACACAGGGGUAUUGUGGAUAUUGUGAUACCUAGAUAGUAACCUUUGCUAUGUGUGGAAGUCAUUUAAUGUUGUGAAUCAACUGUUAAAAUUGCUCCCGUUAUUGCAUUAGUUCCCUUCUGUCUAUUUUUGACAUGUGUAAGUUUAAAAAAAAAUUCAUCAUCUAAAGAUUUAAGUUUUGCUGAUUUAGAAACAUUUUAGAUAAAAAGUUAGAUAGGUUCGCUGGGAAGGUUCACUACAACAGAGCCUUCCUGAGAAGUCUACUGCUUUAAGAUGGCGGCUGUUUACUAAUGCAUCUAGUUCUUUAUUGUACAUGUUGCUAAUGCCGCCGUGUCUGUCAUUUGCAUCUAGUUCUGUAUACAGGUAUAUGUGAUAUCUACCGCAGCAUUAUGUGGGCGAAGUUUGUAGGCUAUCGGCUACAGUCAGGUAUUAUUGGAGCCACCUAGCAUAGUAGCAUCGCGUUUGCAACGGCGUCACACUCCCUUACCUCCUCCCCACUCCUGCUCUGCUCACUCGACUCAGUGAGUCCGUCUUUUUCAGACUUUUCUCACGUCAGUCAACCAACAUCGUAACGCAUAGUAACGCACGCCUUUCCAGCCUCCCAAAUUAACGGUAACUGCGUUGCCAAGAUGAGAAAAGUAAUUAAUUAGAUUACUCACUACUGAAAAAAAUAACGCCGUGAGUAACGCCGUCAUAUUCUAACGCCGUUAUUAACAACACUGGUUUUAGCGUUACGAACUGGUUCCCAAUGUUGUUCUUCUUGCAAUUUUCUGCUUUCCUCUGACACACCUGAAUGGUUAAGAGCAUACAGUGGGGCAAAUAAGUAUUUAGUCAACCACUA